AGUGAAUACUGUAAUUCCUUCAUCCAAUGAGGAUCCUAAAGAGGAGUAUGAUGAGGAUUGCUGGAAGAAAAGAGCUAUAGAGAUUGCUAUGCAUGAUGACAGAUAUUCGGGCCAUUCCUUCAACAACACGUCUCCACCAUCGAUCGACAGAGUUCACUCAGCAUCGGUCGAUACCCACCCUCAUCCAGCAAAACGUUCUUAUGCAUCGAUCGAUACCAUACCUUGUACAUUGAUUUAUAUUAAAGCCGCCACCUUUGAAAAGGAAAAGGGAAUAUUUCAAUUCCAAGUAGGUUUACUAAUACCUAUAUAAAAAGUUUUGCUUCCCAGAUUACUUCUCACGACACCGAAGCAGAAAAGAUGAAUGCUCCCAAAAACCAAUCAGAAGGAACAUCCAACAGGAGCAUUCAAUCCAAAAACCCUAAUUCCGCAGACAAACGUCUACCAUCGAUUAAUACUCCAGUCUCAACAUCGAUCGAUACUCAUUCUAAACCUCAACUUUCCUUAGUACUAAAAAGAAUAGGAGUAUGGAUUACGGUUUUCUAACUCCUGAUGAAUUUGGUAUUUUCAGGGACCCAGAUGGCCAUGCAAGAGCUAUGGAUGGAAGAAUUCUAAAAGUAUCCAGGGAGAACAUAGCAGACAUUCUUCAGGUGGCCAAUGGACCUGACAACUUGUUUAUGCAGCAACGCAGCAUUCCAGACAACAUUCCAAAAGUUCGAGACGAACUUCAAGGGGCCAACACAACAGCAAUUAGUUCACACCAAUCAUACCGACCAGUUAGCCAAGCAUUGAUUGACAAGGUUGCUUCAACAUCUUUCGACAGGGUAACACCAAUGUCGCUCGACAAGGCACCCUCACCAUCAAUCAACAGUCGUUAUGAGUUUGGACAUCGCGCUUAUGACAUCUAUGGAGCCAGAAAGUUCACAUGGGAACAGAAGGACGAAUAUGGAGUCUACAAAGAUGAGUUUGGAUAUGCAAGGAACGUAGCUGGUGAGAUGAUCCAUAUUACCAAGGACAACAUCAGAAAAAUUCUGGAGAGAGCAUCACUAUAUGAAGAGAGUCACAUAUGUCUUCCAGAACAUGCCACUUCUUUCACACCUACAAGACUGGUACCAGAGAUCUACACCAAGGAUGAGAUUAAUGAGAUGGUGACUGGUAUUUGUGGAGCUCAGGAAAGGCUAGGAGAUGAACUUAAUACAUUGGUAGAUGACACAAAUCAGCCUUUGGAAAGGAGUUACAACGAGCUUUUCAGAAGUAUGGCAGAGAUGAAGACAGAGAUUGAGAAUAUGCAGCACAACCUUGAGAAGGAAGCUACGACAUCACCAUCGAUCGACGCCGACAAAGCAACAUCGAUCGAUGUCAAGCCACAGACAUCCCAAAUCCCUGCAAAACCACAAAGUUUGGCAGAGAAGAAGGAUGAAUGGGAGAUCGCAUACAUCACACGAAGAUUAACGACGUCUGCAACCCUCUCAACAACAACGUGGACUGGUUAAGCACGAGAAUUGAUCUGCUACAGCAAAAUUUGGACACCAUUCGCAAGAAGGAUCCACAACCAGCCACAUUGAUCGAUAUAUGCACCAUCACAUCGAUCGACAGCAAGUUCGCAGCCAUGGAAGAUAGGUCACAAUCUUAUGAGGAUAUGCACGACCGUUUCACCUCACCUAUCAUGCGAUACUUGGACAGCUUGUUUACGCAGAUGAUGAAAGUCCAGAAGGAUAUUGGCAAGCUUAAUGAUCAACAUGAUUUUCAGGAAGAAGAUUCAACAUCGAUCGAUAGGUUCCGCAGGACAUCGCUCGACGGCAUGAAACCUACAGAACACCUUCCCUACACAGCAGCAGAAGUUGAUCAGAUCACAUCAAAGCUUUACACUGCUAUAGACACCAUGGAGGACCGACUUGAGAAGCGGUGUGAUGACAUCUACUUUCCAUUCGACCUUCGACUCAGUGGACAAGAUAGCCAAGCAGAGUGGCUACAGAAGGAAGUUAAAGCCAUUCAGAGGCAACUCGCAUCUCAACAACAGAUAUCAGCAUCGAUCGAUAGAGCACGCUCCAAGUCGAUCGAUAGUACUACAUCAACAACGAUUGAUAGACAUAUGGUCGCAUCGAUCCAUACCACGUCUACACCAGAUGACGAGCAGCUGAUACACAAUAAGAUGGAGUCAAUGCACGAGGAACUGAACGAGCUAUCAGCAUACGCCUAUGACAAGAUAGGAUGGCAUCAGUUCAGCAUUGAAAACAUCCUGGAAAGGCUACAUAACAUCUCAAAUGCAAUACAGAAGAUGGAUGAGAGAUGGACUAGAAACGAUGAGGCCACAAGAAGUUUCAUUACAGCUUGGUCCAGAAUGUGCAGAGAUGAGGUAGAUGCUUGUUUCCCAACAAGUAGCUGUCUUUCCACCAACUAGCCAAACACCUCCACAAUCAAGCAAAAUGACUAUAACAAAGCGCUGAGUGAGAGGCAACCCACCAUUAGGUAAUUUUAAUUGGUUUUAUUAGUUACUAGUAUUUACUUUCAUUUUUAUUCUUUCAGAUUUAUUGCAAGACCCAAAUCUGUAACCUUCAUUAGCAGAUUCAUUUUCUGUGGUUUCCCUGAUCAAACUAGAAGUUACCAAAGAACUAUGCAUAGCACUAAAUAGGGAGCCGCCGAAUACACCAGCUACACCUAACAUGUGAAAUGGGUGCAUAAGAAUGUUGUGCUCAGCCUGGAAUACAAUCAUAAAGUUGAAAGUACCAGAGAUUCCUAGAGGCAUACA